CCCAUUAACAUUCACUCUGGACACUUAGACCAUCUCCCCAGACAAGACUAAAUACAGUAUUCAAGAUGGGCAGGAUUGUGUUUUUCGAGGAAAAAAACUUCCAGGGCCGCCGUUAUGAGUGUGACAGUGACUGCUCUGACUUCCGUACCUACCUGAGCUGCUGCAAUUCUAUUCGUGUGGAAAGUGGCGCCUGGGUGGUUUACGAGCGGCCCAACUACACGGGUAACCGGUAUCUGCUAACCAGGGGAGAGUAUCCUGAAUACCUGGGCUGGAUGGGACUCAAUGACUGUCUCGGUUCCUGCAAGCUCAUCCACUUUACAAGUGGAAUGCAAUACAAGGUUCAGCUGUACGACAAGCCUGACUUCACAGGCCAGGCUAUAGAGUCCAUUGAAGACUGUCCAUCUGUGCUGGAGAGGUUCCGUCUGAGAGAGGUCCAUUCCUGCAAAGUUCUGGACGGUUACUGGAUCUUCUACGAGCAUCCCAACUACCGUGGCCACCAGUACUUCCUGGAGAAGGGCAACUACCGCAAACCAGUGGAGUGGGGUGCAGUCUGUCCCACCGUGCAGUCUUUCCGUCGCUUCACUGAGUGAUAUCCCUGUGUCAUAAUACUUGGGCUAUUUGGCUGUGACUCACUGAAGUUCCAGCUGAAAUAAAGUUUUGCUGGAGAUCCACUCAGCAGCACA